AUGGGCUCACGGAGGACAACACCACACUCCUCUUUGGGGAAUGGAAGGUCCAGCAGUGGGGAGGAUAAUGGGAAUAGUCGGCCUGGAAGCUGCAGCUACCUCUCCAAUGUCAGGCCAGAAAACAGGAGCACACUCUGCAGUGUGAUAGCACAGCUAACUGAGGAAACUCAGCCCUUCUUUGAAACAACUGUGAGGUCAAAAGCUGUGUGUGAAAACAGCAACGUCAAGUUCUCAUGUGUGGUCACAGGAUACCCGACCCCUCUGGUUAUCUGGUAUAAGGAAGAUAUGCAGCUAGACAGAUACUGUGGACUGCCUAAAUAUGAAAUUUUCCAUGAUGGACAAAAUCAUUCCCUGCACAUUUACAACUGCACUGUGGAGGAUGCAGCUAUAUACCAGGUCUCAGCCAGCAACAGUAAAGGCAUUGUGUCCUGUGCUGGGGUUCUGGAGGUGGGUGAAAUGAACGAAUUGAAGAUCCACGAGCAUUACUUUGCCAAGAUCAGACAAAAGGCUGUGCUCAUGCGCAAGGAAGUGGAAGGCAAAGAAAACCAGGAGCCGCUGCGAACCAUCAGCCCAGAGAGGCCCCAGAGGAAACGUCGCUCCACAAUGGAGGCCUAUCUCAACAUGCCCAGCUCCAUGGGAGAGGAGGAGAGCCAGCAGGCUGUAGUUGUAGAGACAGAGAGCAGGCUGCAGGAGGCCACUGUGGGGGAGGCAGAGGAAAAGUCCACCCCAGUCACUAAUGGAGAAGCACUAAAUGACCAUGGAAACAAGGCUGGGACGUUCAUAUAUGACUCUGCUCAGAGGUUGUUCACCACACUCCAACCCAAAAUUCCUUUUGUCAAGAAGAAGAUUAAAAUUUCCAGCAGACCAAAAAUUGCAAAAUCAGAUCCACUAAAAGAGAAGGCAUCUGAAGAGAGAGGGACAAAGCAGAAGGCCGCUGGCACAAAGUCACAGCAGUCCAAGGGGAGCUCAGAAGAAGUUAUGGAAGUAGACAACAGUGUUAGCUCAUCAGUUGUGGACUUAUACAUCAGAAAUGUGGCAGAACAACAUCAGAAAUCAGCAACAGAGGAAGCAAUGCUAAUGAAAAGGCCUUCCCAGGAUGAAGACAAAUGUGUUGUGCCACAGAGAAAACAGCUUACUGCAUCAGUAUCUCCUGCUGCUCUUACAGGUACAGGUCAGACAGUGCCAGGACCCAAAGGAAAACAAGCUGCAAAGCAUGAGAAGAAAGCUGGACCCAAAAAUGCAGAAGAAAGUUUGGGAAUUCAGAGCCAGAGGCCUAACAUGAACCCAGUACAACGACAGCCCUCAGCACUCCCAAGCCUAUUAAAAAGACAUGUUACUAAAACAGAAGAUGCUACAGUUAUGGAUGUUGACAAGAAGUCAAAUACAUCCACUGGUGGAUCUUUAGGAGGCUCGGACCUUGAGUGCAUGGAAACAACAUAUGAGAGCAGGACCGCUUCAACUCAGCGUCCAUCUGAACAGGCUGAACCUCAGCUGUCUCAGAAGGAACCAAGCCAAAGACUUGUGUCGGUGCCGCGGCCAGCACUGCACAGUAAGGCCCAUACAAAGAAGAACAGGAAUGAUGCAGCUGUCAACCUUGGGCUUCCACCCGACCAGCGUGCAAUGGACAUGCAGCCACCACGAAAGACUCCGGCAGAAAGAGAGACCACAGCAGAUGACAACAAGACCCUAUCUUUGCACAAUGAUCUUCAAGCCCCCAUUGACAAGAUGACACAGAACGCAUGGGAUCAUUCCAGCGGAUCAAAUGAAAGCCAUACAGUCCCUUAUACAGACCUACAGAAGUCAUCUGUUGAGAGCCCCGGUGGUGAGAACAUUCGUGGGUGUAAUGUUUCACCCACCACCGUGCAAAGCCAAGUUGAUACAGUUGGAGAAUCUGUUGAAGAGAUGAAUGUUGAUGAGAAUACAGAGAGGGAGGAGGUAGAUAAGUUAUUAGAUGACAGUGUGGCACCAGAUGAGAAAAUCCUCGAGCUGGAGACUGAAAAUGCUGCUCUACAUAUGGGGGGGCAAAAUAUAACAGAAAAGGCAAGGGAUGCAGUGGAUCAAGGCGCAGACUUUAUCACUGCUGAAGCAUCUUGUAAAGACACUAAUGAACUGAUAAUUAGUUCAGAAUUGCAGAACCAGAAGACAGACACAUUACAGACUGCAAUGCCACAUUUAACAAAUAAUCUGGAAAACACAAACUCACUGGAGCAAAUCAGAGGCUUUAAAGAAAUUCCAAACACUGCAUCAAAAGUCAUAUCUAGCGCUGAACAGCUGAGAUCACAGGUAAAGGCUCUUGAUUCCAUGCUACCAAACUCUGUCCAUAUUGACUUUGUACAAGAGCCUAGUCAAACAACCAGAGAGGCAUGUCAGGAUUUAAGAGGUGAUGAGAGAAAAUAUAAACUGGAAAUGAAGCAGUCAAAUGUGGAGACAGCUACUGACCAUACUCCUCCUUCAAACAUAAAGUCAGUACUUCAGCCUCAUGCUGCAGCUUCACCACAUGUUCAGGCUGUGAUUCCUCCUAUCUCUGUCACCGACACUGGCAUCACUGUAGAGACCGCAGGUGUUCAUGGCAGCACCAAAAAGGAUCAUGACGGUUUUACGGACAUUGUUGUUUCAGUGACUGAGAGUGAAAGUGUCAAACACCAAUUUCAGCCCUUGACAUCUAAGGACACACUGACUGACAUUCUGGGAUCUGGGACUCCUACAAAUGCCAGUAGUCAGGAGUUGGGAAUUGCUCUAGAGCAUGCCAAAGAUGGACCUCUUCCAGAAAAAAUCAUGGAAUUAAUACGAAGCUUAAUUCCAGAAAUUAAACUCAACAGCGAAACUGAAGGGGCGAUUACUGAAAUGUUAUUUUCAGAUCAAUGCAAAAUGGAAAAACACAACACAAACACCGGUUCUUUGAGUGUAGAAAAAUUUCCCACUAAAAGUGUGUUUAGCACAGAUACACAAGAGAGUAUUCUUCAGCUUGACAGCUCUGUGGCUGAGGAAUAUGCAACAAAUAACUCCUUAACUAAUUCAACUCCGGAGGCUAGUCCAUUGUUAAAGAAAAGAGAUUGUGUUUCUCCCAUUCCUUCUGCUACUCCACAAGAGUUGGCCUCCGGGGCCCGCCGCAAAAUUCUAAUGCCAAGGGAUGAUCCCGAGGAGGCCACAGGGGCCACAGAGGCCACAUCAGCGGUGGACAGCCAAACUCAGAAGCUCUCCACAAGUCCUGUGACCCUCCCUAUGUCUCCAGGCCCCUCUCGACGGUCACCUCUGCUUCAGCCGGCUGGUGAGCAAACCCCUCCUGUAGAAAGACGUUCUCCGAUGAGCCGGAGGAAGGCUGCACUGGAGGCUCCAGCACCAGGCCAGCAGCCCACAGAGGAGAGCCACACCCAGAAGGAUGAGGGGAAACCUACUGAGAGGGACAAGCAUGACCCAUUCAAAGCUCCGCAGGUAAUUCGUAAGAUCCGGGGGGAAACCUUCACAGAUGUCUCGGGACACAUGAAACUGUGGUGCCAGUUCUUCAAUGUUCUCAGUGACUCCACAAUUAAAUGGUACAAAAAUGAGGAGGAGAUUGCUCAGAUGACCAGACAUGCAGGGGAUGAAACUCAGGUCAAUCUUGCCAUUGUUCAAGCAUCAUGCAAAGACACUGGUGUUUACAGAUGCUCAAUUACAAAUGAAUAUGGGACAGACUCCACAGACUUACUACUCAGUCCAGACAUCUUGGUGGGAAUGUCCCUACAUGAGGACCUCUGUGUUGGAGAAGAAAUUGAAAUGACACCCCUGAUAUUCAGUAAAGGUGUGGCUGAUUCUGGCGUCUGGGGCAACAAAUUAUUUGGCCGUAUAAUGAUACAGGAAUCUCAUAUUGGUGACGGCUGUUCUCAUAAAGUCUGGCGGGCAAAAGUCAUCUAUGGUCUGGAGCCUGUGUUUGAGUCUGGUAACACAUGUAUCAUUAAAACAUGCAGCCCUAUCGCCUAUGGAGGCAAGGAAGAAAGCCGCCUUAUAGACAGAAACCUGGACAUGAUCAAACAGGAGUGUAAAAUUCACAACUUGGCUCGUGAAUAUUGUAAAAUAUUCUCUGCAGAAGCAAGAGCCAUUGAAAAUUUUGGAUCUACUCUUGAGGUGCUUCCAGUCUACUUGAUCUACAGACCAGCAAACACUGUCCCCUAUGCCACAGUGGAGGCUGAUCUGACAGGAGUCUAUCAGAAAUACUGUGUCCUGGAU